CACGAGUUUGCGCACUAUCGCAAUCGACUAAAUUACAGCAAGGUUACAUGCGACUGGAUUCAAUGGAUGAAGUUUGACAACACGUUGUCCUUUUUUGGAAUUCAUAUACAGUUUCCCCUGUAACAAUGCGGCGUAGUAAGGCCGAUGUGGAUCGCUAUGUUUCUACAGUACAAAAUUCCCCUUCUUCUGUGAAAGAGAAACCUUUAAAAGGAUUCUUGUUCGCAAAAUUGUACUUCGAAGCAAAGGAGUAUGAGCUUGCAAAGAGACAUGUAUCAGCAUAUUUAUCAGUCCAGGAGAGGGAUCCCAAAGCACACAAAUUCCUUGGUCAGCUCUAUGAACUUGAGGGUGAUACCACCAAAGCCGUAGGCUGCUACAAGCGCUCCGUGGAUCUUAACCCAGCCCAGCGAGAUCUUGUACUUAAAGUGGCGGAGCUUUUGUGCAGUACAGAAGAACGGAAUAGCCGAGCAGAAUUUUGGGUAGAAAGGGCAUCCAAGCUUAUGCCUGGCAGUCCUGCUGUUUUUAAGCUUAAGGAGAAGCUGCUGAGCAGACAAGGACAGCAGGGCUGGAACCAGCUGUUUGAUCUCUUGCAGUCUGAGCUGCAGUUGCGUCCAGGAGAUGCUCAUGUGAAUGGGAAGCUUGUUGAUUUGUACUGCUCAGAUGGAAGACUGGAGGAAGCGGUCAACCAUUGCUUGGCUGUUGAGAAUGCAGGAGUCCUUUGUAACAACUUGGAGUGGUACACCACUGUUGUGUGUACACUGCAGGACUACCUUAGCCAACCGAGCAUGUCCUUGAAUGACAAGUCUUGCCGCAAGUUUCAAAAGGAGCUUCUCCUGGCCCACUGCAACCUGUUGAGACAGACCAUUUCUGAGAAGGAAGUGGCACAGGGCGUGGAUACCUUGCAGAAUUUUGACCAUGCCAUGAAGUCUCUGAAGAACACUGCCACCAACACUACUGAUGAGCUUGCAGAGAUGUUCACGGAGCUGAAGGGCCACUUGUACCUCUAUGCUGGAACGUUGCUAUUGAAGAUGGCCUGUGACCGUGAGCAGCAGUGGAGAGCUGUGGUUGACUUGGCUGCCCUUUGUUACCUCCUGGCAUAUCAGGUUCCCAGACCAAAGACCAAGAGUUCAAAAGGUGACGACCCCUUUCAGCAACCACUGGAUCUUCUGGCUUGUGAUCGACAGAGCCAGGCUGGUCACAUGCUGCUCAACCUGAGCCAAGAUGUUGACCAAUUUGUGAAGGAGGUUGUUGAAGCGUUUGGAAACCGCAGCGGCCAGGGGAGCCUCUUUGACAUGCUGUUUGGUGCCGACGCCCCUGCGGGUCUCUCCUUCAUUGGCAACGAUGACAUCCGUUCCAUCACUGCUCAAGCUCCUGAGAUUGCAGAUCUUAUCAAGGCUGACAAUGGUGCAAUUCUUCUAUACGGAGGAGACUUGCAGCGUCUUACCUGGCUGGGCUUGCAGUGGUCUUUUAUGGGUCAAAGACCGGCUCUUAGAGAUUGGCUGAAGCAGCUUUUUCCUCGCCUCCCCCUUGAAACCUCAAAGCUGGAUACGAACACCCCAGAGUCCAUCUCUCUGCUUGACUUAGAGGUCUUUCUGUGUGGAGUGGUGUUCACAAGUCACACUCAACUUCAAGAGACUAACAAGAUCUCUGCCGGCUCCCAGCUGCAUGAGCCCAGAUGCCUGCCUCUGCAGGUCCUGAAGCUUCUGUCCACAGACCGCCAGAGAGAGUGGUGGAACGCUGUGUACAUGCUAAUCCAUAAAAGAGCCCUACCUGGAACAUCUGCAAAACUGCGAAUGGUUGUUCAACAUGGCUUGAGCACUCUUCGAGCUGGGGAGAAACAUGGUUUGCAGCCAGCACUGCUGGUACACUGGGCCCAACACCUCAGCCAAACGGGUGUUGGCAUAAACUCGUACUAUGAUCAGAAGGAUUACACUGGCCGUAGCGUACACUACUGGAAAGUGGUGCUCACACUCCUGGAAAAGAUAAAAAAACGAAGAGGCAUCCCUGAACCUCUCGAAUCACUGUUCUUACAUUUCUCUAGUAAAGACAUACAGAUUCUGGAGGUUAAAGGCUAUGAAGAAGAAGCCAAGAUUGCCUUUGCUACCCUUCUUGAUAUUGAGGGCAAAACAGAAGAGGCAAUCGCCACUCUUGAGGCUAUUAAUAGCAUCUCAUCUAAUUGGCAACUUGCACGGAUAUUCCAGAGACUGUCUGAGGAGGCUGGGAAUGGUGUUGAGGAAACCCAAGAUCGGUGUAUCUCAUUCUUGAAGAGGUUCCGGAAGCAUCUGAUGAAGAUUUAUAAUGCCAAUGCAGCUGAAGUUGAUAAGCUUCCAGUAUCAUUGGAGGAAGUUAUGGACCUGCUAGAGGAAGUGAACCAACAGCUGGGUGAAAAUGGGGAUGUGAUGGAUGAGGAGGAAGGCCGCCCUUUCCACUCCAGCCCACAGCAGCUCACAGAACCAGCCACUGCAAGUUCACACAUUAAAUUCACUCCAUCACCAUCAAAGAAUGCAGCAUCUCCUUCCAGGAGAAACAUGUUCUCUCCAAAGACACCACCUCAUUGGGUAGAGGACCAGAAGUCUCUUCUCCAGAUGCUAUGUCAGACAGUUGAAGCACUGAAAAACGAAGUCCAUGACUUGAGACUCAACGCAUCUGAUGCAACCGCAUCCCCACAUCACAGGGUUUAUGGCGAAGGCUUUGGUGCUGAAACUCUACAAGAGUCAUUUCCACCUGCACAAACAUUCCAUGGGGCCCCUCUCACAGUAACCACCACAGGUCCCAAUGCGUACUACAAUCAGUCUCCUGCUUACAACCAGCAGUAUCUUCUACGUCCUGCUGCAAAUGUCACACCAACAAAAACACCAGUGUAUGGAAUGAACCGUCUGCCACCUCAGCAGCACAUGUAUGCCUAUCAGCAGACCACACACACUCCACCGCUGCAGUCAACCCCAGCAUGUGUUUAUCCUCAAGACUUUGGGACGCCACUUCGCUUUGAGUCCCCAGCAACAAGUUUACUCUCCCCAUACAGUGAGGAGUACUACAACCACAGUGUUCCUCCGCCUACAACCAAUCCACCUCUGCCAGAGCCUGGAUACUUCACCAAGCCAUCUAUUGUCCCUGCUUCCCAGCCUCCAAAGACUAGUGAUGGAAAGCCGUUGGACUUUGGAAAGAUAAGCUUUGGCCAGCCUGCUGAAUCCUCUAAAGUGCCAGCCUUUGGCAUCCAAUCAGCAUCUGGAGCAGGGCCAUCUGCUGCCUUCAAAUUCAAUUCAAAUUUUAAAUCUAAUGAUGGUGACUUUACAUUCUCAGCCAAUCAGGCGAAAAACAGUGAAAGUCUCUUGGGGCUUUUGACGUCAGACAUGCCUAGAAAUGAUGGCCAAUCAGAAUCUAAACCUACAACUCAAGACCAGACACAAAGUCAAGGUGGGGUGUUUACAUUUGGCAGUAAAAGUGUAGCUGGGUUCUCUUUUGCUGAUGCCGCACAAAACCAGACCGGUUUAUUUGGCAAACCUGAGUUGGCCGGGUCAGUAUCUGUGGAGCAGGAGGAUAAAGUUGGUGAGAGUGAUAAUGAAAGCACACAUGUUGAAGAAGAUGAAGAUGGACCACAUUUUGAGCCCAUUGUACCUUUGCCUGACAAAGUAGAUGUGAAAACUGGAGAAGAGGAAGAGGAGGAGAUGUUCUGCAACAGGGCUAAGCUAUUCCGGUUUGACACCGAGACAAAGGAAUGGAAAGAGAGAGGAGUUGGGAGCAUCAAAAUUCUGAAGCACAAGAUAUCAGGCAAAGUACGUUUGCUAAUGAGGAGGGAGCAAGUCUUUAAAAUCUGCGCCAACCACUACAUCACUGCUGACAUGGUUUUGAAACCAAAUGCUGGAUCUGAUAAGUCCUGGGUUUGGUAUGCUAUGGACUAUGCAGAUGAAAUGCCAAGGACUGAGCAACUAGCAAUUCGUUUUAAAACAUCAGAUGAGGCAGCCCUCUUCAAGGUCAAAUUUGAGGAGGCACAGAAAGUCUUACCGAAGUCACCACAAAAACAAGAUCAGCCGGAUGGAAGCAAAGUAUCUGCGAAGCCUAAUUCUUCAGAGGCACCAAAGAAAGAUCUAAAAUCCCAAUUUGCUAAGAAAGAGGGUGAAUGGGACUGUGAUGUGUGCCUUGUUCUGAAUAAACCCUCAUCUAAGCACUGUGUUGCCUGUCAGACUCCCAACCCUAAUUAUGCAGAGGCUGAGGACAAACCAUCUGAAGAACCCAAAGGAUUUCCUCCAGUUCCCACAUCGGUUGGAGGGUUUACCUUUGGCAUUACUGGAGAGGCUGCAAACGACACAACGAAAGGAUUCCCUUCCUUUGGCUCACAGAUACCCGUCUCAUUUAAGUUCGGAACCAGCUCCUCCUCGUCCAUGUCAACAACAUCCAUUAGUGAUCCUGCAACUUCUGUGGCCUCGGCCGCCACUCCAUUUGGGGCUGCUUUUGGGGCUAACAUCUCAAACAAACCUACAGAAGAUGCUUCAACAAUGAAACCCUCAUUUUCAUUUGGCACAGGAAUUGGUGCUCAGUUUGCCAAGAAGGAGGGUGAAUGGGACUGUCCUACCUGUUGUGUAAGAAAUGAGGCUUCCUCAAACGGCUGUGUUGCAUGUCAGACUCAGAACCCAUCAAGUAAAGUUGAUGACGGAGCACCAAAAGCUUCAUCCUUUUCAUUUGGCACUGGAUUUGGUGCUCAGUUUGCUAAGAAGGAAGGUGAAUGGGACUGUCCUACCUGUUGUGUAAAAAAUGAGGCUUCCUCGAACAGCUGUGUUGCAUGUCAGACUCAGAACCCAUCAAUUAAAGUUGAUGACGGAGCACCAAAAGCUUCAUCCUUUUCAUUCGGCACUGGAUUUGGUGCUCAGUUUGCUAAGAAGGAAGGUGAAUGGGACUGUCCUACCUGUUGUGUGAGAAAUUUGGCCUCCUUGAACAGCUGUGCUUCAUGUCAGACUCAGAACCCAUCAAGUAAAGUUGACGACGGAGCACCAAAAGCUUCAUCCUUUUCAUUCGGCACUGGAUUUGGUGCUCAGUUUGCCAAGAAGGAGGGUGAAUGGGACUGUCCUACCUGUUGUGUAAAAAAUGAGGCUUCCUCGAACAGCUGUGUUGCAUGUCAGACUCAGAACCCAUCAAUUAAAGUUGAUGACGGAGCACCAAAAGCUUCAUCCUUUUCAUUCGGCACUGGAUUUGGUGCUCAGUUUGCUAAGAAGGAAGGUGAAUGGGACUGUCCUACCUGUUGUGUGAGAAAUUUGGCCUCCUUGAACAGCUGUGCUUCAUGUCAGACUCCGAACCCAUCACGUAAAGUUGAUGACGGAGCACCAAAAGCUUCAUCCUUUUCAUUUGGCACUGGAUUUGGUGCUCAGUUUGCUAAGAAGGAAGGUGAAUGGGACUGUCCUACCUGUUGUGUAAAAAAUAAAGCUUCCUCGAACAGCUGUGUUGCAUGUCAGACUCAGAACCCAUCAAUUAAAGUUGAUGAUGGAGCACCAAAAGCUUCAUCCUUUUCAUUCGGCACUGGAUUUGGUGCUCAGUUUGCUAAGAAGGAAGGUGAAUGGGACUGUCCUACCUGUUGUGUGAGAAAUCUGGCCUCCUUGAACAGCUGUGCUUCAUGUCAGACUCAGAACCCAUCAAGUAAAGUUGACGACGGAGCACCAAAAGCUUCAUCCUUUUCAUUUGGCACUGGAUUUGGUGCUCAGUUUGCUAAGAAGGAAGGUGAAUGGGACUGUCCUACCUGUUGUGUGAGAAAUUUGGCCUCCUUGAACAGCUGUGCUUCAUGUCAGACUCAGAACCCAUCAAGUAAAGUUGAUGGUGGAGCACCAAAAGCCUCAUCAUUUUCAUUCGGAUCCAGUUCUGUUUCAGGUUUCGGUGCCCAAUUUUCUAAGCAGGAGGGACAGUGGGAUUGUGACCAGUGUCUUGUCAGAAAUGAGCCAACGUCUUUGAAGUGCGUUUCCUGUCAAGCCCCUGGUCCUGUUCAGCCUGAAAAGAUUCAGAUGCCCUCUCAAGGUGGAUUUGCUAAAUUUGCAAAGAAAGAUGAGCAGUGGGACUGUGAUACCUGCUUGGUAAGGAAUGAAGGUUCCUCCAGCCAGUGUGUCUCCUGCCAGACACCCAACCCCAGCGCUAAAAGCUCAACUACUUCUGCGCCUUCAAGCUCCUCCUUGGGCUUCAGCUUUGGAACUCCUAGUGGUUCCUUCCAAUUUGGUGACAGUAAAAAGAAAAGCACCCCGGCACCUUUUGAAACCCCCAGCAGUGCAGGUUUCUCUUUUUCAAUCCCAACUAGUGGCUUUAAGUUUGGCGGCCAGGAACCUGUCAAGGAAACACAAGCCACUGAGAGUGAAGCAGCUUCUGUUGGCUCUGCAUCUAUGUUUCUGAAAAAUAUUGCGGAACAGCAUAGGGAAAAAGAAAACGAGACGACCACGUCAACAUCGACACCCUCUAUUGAGAAACCUGAACUAGAAGAAAAUCCCCUCUUCCUGCCUAAGCCCAACUCAUUCAGCUUUGCAGACUUGGCAAACUCUACUCAAGAAGGCUACCAGUUUGGCCAAGAAGAUCCCAGUUUCAAAGGGUUUAAAGGAGCAGGUCAACAACUUUUCAAGCCCGUUCAGUCAAACCAGAAAGCAGACACCUCUGUAGAUCAAGAUGAGGAGGACAUGUACAAGACUGACGAGAAUGAUGACAUUCAGUUUGAGCCAGUGGUGCAGAUGCCUGAGAAAGUAGAUCUCGUCACAGGUGAGGAGGAUGAGGAGAGUCUUUACUGUCAACGUGUGAAACUUUUCAGAUUUGACCCUGAACUAAGUCAAUGGAAAGAGAGGGGAGUUGGCAACCUCAAGCUUCUGAAGAACUGUGCGAAUGGUAGGUUGAGGGUCCUUAUGAGGAGAGAACAAGUCUUGAAGGUUUGUGCAAAUCACUGGAUCACUACAACAAUGAAUCUAAAGAUUCUUUCUGGAUCAGACCGUGCUUGGAUGUGGCUUGCAAAUGACUUUGCUGAUGGAGAUGCAAGGUUGGAGCAGCUUGCUGCUAAAUUCAAGACACCAGAGCUGGCAGAUGAGUUCAAGCAAAAGUUUGAAGACUGUCAAAAGCUGUUGUUGGACAUUCCUCUUCAGACACCCCAUAAACUGGUUGAUACCGGAAGAACAGCACAUCUGAUUCAGAAAGCAGAAGAAAUGAAAUCUGGUCUUAAAGACCUUAAAUCUUUCUUGACCGAUGACAAAAAGAUCAAAGAUAAUGAGGCUAAAGACAUUUCAUCAACAAGUAACACAUCUGGGCUGAUCAUCAAACCUCAUGCUGAAAGCACUGGUCCCACUUUGGAAUGGGACAAUUAUGAUUUACGGGAGGAAGCUCUUGACGACAGUGCAGAUACAUCUGUUUACGCAUCCCCAUUAGCCAGCAGUCCUGUUCGUAAGAAUUUGUUUCGGUUUGGGGAUCAAUCCACUGAUGGGUUUAAUUUCAGUUUCCAGCCUGGCGUUAGUCCUGCAAAGUCACCAGCCAAAAUAAAUCAGAGCGGAGUAUCUGUUGGGACCGAUGAUGAACAAGACACGUCUCAAGAGGAAGAGCGAGAUGGUCAGUACUUUGAGCCUGUUGUGCCGUUACCUGACCUUGUGGAUAUAUCAACUGGGGAGGAAAAUGAGCAAGUCCUUUUCAGUCACAGGGCCAAAUUGUACCGAUACGUCAAAGACCUGAACCAGUGGAAGGAGCGUGGUAUUGGUGACCUUAAAAUUCUACAGAAUUAUGAUACCAAACGAGUAAGGCUAAUUAUGAGACGGGAUCAAGUCCUUAAACUGUGUGCAAACCAUUGGAUAUCUAGUUCAAUGAACCUUGAGCCAAUGAAGGGUUCUGAAAAGUCUUGGAUCUGGAGUGCUUUCGAUUUUUCUGAAGGAGAAGGCAAAGUGGAGCAGUUGGCAGUCCGUUUCAAACUACAAGAUACUGCCAAAACUUUCAAAGAAAUGUUUGAUGAAACAAAGGUUGCUCAGGAGAAAGAGGUCCUUGUAAUGCCCAUGCCCUCAAAGGAAAGUCCAUUACAACCGACUAUAUGUGGUGAAGCUGCUGUAGCUAUUCUUGAAGAGACCACACGCGAACGCACUGACUUGUCUCCUGAGACGUACCACACACCAGAAAAAGCUGCCACUCUACAUAGCCCUCAGGCUUUUUCCAAAACUGUGGUUUCUCCACCGAAAUUUGUCUUUGGUACAGAUCAAGUGCAGAAAAUCUUUGGGAGCCCCCCCACUAAAGAUGCAUCAGCAGGCAUACCCACUCAACCCAAAGAAAAAGCACCCAGCACCUCAGCCUCCAGCCAGCCAGCCAUACCUGCAUUCAAGGUUCCUGAGGGAGGAUUGGAUUUUAGGCUUUUCAAAGAUAACCCUAUGGCUUUUUGGACCAGCACAUCAUCCACCCAGUUUGAACCCCAAGCGGUCUCACCAACCAUCAAAGAGGAAGCCAUCUCAAAGUCUAGACCCGGUGUGGGGGAUGACCCGGCAGAGGAGGUUGAACUUGUGUAUGUGCGGGAGCCCACGAGGGAGCAGGCUGAACUGGCCCGGACGCUGAGGCUCCCCCUCACCUUCUUCUGUUAUAAGAAUGAGCCAGGUUACAUCAGUGAUGACGAUGAGGACGAUGAAGACUUUGACACUGCUGUGAGAAACCUCAAUGGGAAGCUGUAUCCUGAUCCGCUGGAACAAACAUCUGGUGCUGCAAGCAGUGAUGGUACGUCCCACGAUGUCAAAGAUCCAGAGUGCGUGAUCAUCUGGGAGAAAAAACCAACCCCGGAGGAGGAGAGAAAGGCCAAGAGCCUGCGGCUUCCCCCAACCUUUUUCUGUGGAGUGGGCCCUGACUCAGACACUGAAAGAGAUAAGGCUGAGGACUUUGAAACAGAGCUCAGAAAAGUGAAAGAAGCUCUGGAUGAGCAGACAACUGAAGAUGUGCAGUCCUCUGAGGCUACAGGGUCAAGUACAAGUGAAGCGAAGACUCAAGGCCUCGAGGCCGUGCCAGAAGCAACCGUCAGUGAGGUGAAGACUCAAGGCCACGAGGCCGUCUCAGAACCCGCUGUCAGGGAUGAACCAGCUGUCAAGGCGGAACCAACUGUCACAGAAGAACCAACUGUCACAGAAGAACCAACUGUCACAGAAGAACCAGCCGUUACGGCAGAGCCAGCUGUCAAAGAAGAACCAGCUGAUGCCACUAGCAGCGGCAACUGUCCUAUUGACCUUUCUACUAAAAAGAGCGAGUCCAUUUCCAGUGCUGGUCAAGGUCCGUUUGCAUUUGACGCCACAGAAGGAUUCUCAUUUGCAGAUCUGGCUCAGACCUCUAAUGAAUUUGCUUUUGGGUCCAAAGACGCCGAAUUCUCCUGGGCAAAUGCUGGAGCUACAGUGUUUGGCAAAGCCCCAGAGCCCAAAAAUAAUGGAGAAGGGGAGGGAAGUGAUGAUGAAGACGCCACAAACAACGUAGAAAUCCACUUUGAGCCAAUUGUGUCAUUGCCAGAGGUUGAAGUCAAGUCUGGUGAAGAAGAUGAAGAGAUCUUGUUUAAAGAGCGUACCAAGUUAUACCGCUGGGAUCGGGACUUGAACCAGUGGAAAGAACGAGGGGUGGGUGACAUUAAAAUUCUGUUUCACCCUGCGAAGAAUUACUACCGUGUGCUCAUGAGACGAGAACAGGUGCUGAAGGUGUGUGCCAACCACACCAUCACACAAUGCAUCGAGCUGAAGCCCAUGAACACCUCUUCCAAUGCCUUGGUUUGGACUGCCACAGACCAUACAGAGGGUGAUGGUAAAGUUGAGCAACUCGCUGCCAAGUUCAAAACCCCAGAACUGGCUGAAUCCUUCAAGAAAACCUUCACAGACUGUCAGGCUCGCAUGUCCCAUGAAGGUGACUCCACGCAGUUGUCCAGAGUCCUAGAGCAUUCAAGAGGGGGCAAUCCACUGGUGUACUUCACCAUUGCUGUCGACGACCAGCCAAUUGGGAAAAUUACCAUGGAGCUGUUCUCUCACAUCGUACCCAAAACAGCAGAGAACUUCAGGGCCCUGUGCACUGGGGAGAAAGGCUUUGGAUUCGGCAAGUCUCUUUUCCAUAGAGUUGUCCCUGACUUUAUGUGCCAGGGUGGUGAUAUUACCAAUCAGGAUGGCACUGGAGGAAAAUCCAUUUAUGGGGGCAAGUUUGAGGAUGAGAACUUUGACGUCAGGCACACAGGACCAGGCCUGUUAUCCAUGGCAAAUCGAGGGAGGGACACCAACAAUUCCCAGUUUUUCAUCACCCUGAAGAAAGCAGAGCACUUGGAUUUCAAGCAUGUAGCGUUUGGUUUUGUGAAAGAUGGUAUGGACAUUGUAAAACAGAUGGGAGAACUUGGCACGAAGACGGGGAAGCCCAGUAAAAAGGUCGUCAUUGCCGAAUGUGGACAACUCUAGUAUGGUGUUGCACUUGCUCUUUUUUUUCUGAAUUUCCUACAGAGGGCUGUCCUUCUGUUAUUCCUGAUCUGCAUAUUUGUGUGUAUAAUAUACAUGUUACCCUUUUUUAAAUAGGUUUUUGCAUGUCCUAAUAAAGUUAAAAGCAUUGGCAGUAUAGAAAUCUGUCAUGUUUUGUAUAAUUAUGUCGAAGUUCUUUUCAUUUAUUAAAGAAUGAGUUGUUGAUCCUUAA